UGUCCUCAAUGCAACAGCAAGUGCGCGUUGAAGGAUGUUCGAGUACUUUAUGCAUCGCAGAUUGUGGCUGUUAAUGAAGAAUUACAAAAGAAAGUUCGAUCACUUGAAGCUAAAUGUGCUUCUCUUGAGAAGAUGGGUGCUGACUGGUGUAAGAAAGAAGUUGAGUGGCGAAAGACAGAAGCAGGUUUGCAUUUGCAAGUGCAUCAACUUACAGAGAGGACCUGUUAUUUGGAGGGUCUAUUAGGAGAUCAGCAAAGCAAACUAUCAGGAUCCUUGGCUAGUAGUCGGGUUGUCAAGGACAAGCCACUCUUGGACAUAACCUUUAUUUCGAAUUUGAUAGGCAACGAUGUUCAAGUGGCUUCACAUUGCAGGAUAGACAACUAG